CAAAACCCUUAUUGAAGUGAUUCCAAAUUUUAGUGGAUCUCUCGUUAUUGCAGAGGAGCUACAUGUAUGUUCAGAUUGGCGCCAACCUUGAAAAGUAGGCACAUUUCAAAAUUUCUGCCACCACGUAGACGACCUAUCCAAUUAUUUUCUGCAGCCAGAAGUUCUCCACAGUUCUCAUCAUAUGGCCUUGGAAACCAGAAUGAAGAGAUUGAUUUCAAUUUUUUAUUUGACUCCAGUACCAAAACCCCCUUUGCAAAGUGCCUUCAUGCCCUUCUUGUGGUGUCAGGGAAAGUUCAAAGCAUUUUUAUCUCAACCCGACUUGUCAAUCUUUACUCUAACCUUGGUGAUGUAUCCUUGUCUCGCUGCACCUUUGAUCAGAUCCCACAAAAGGAUGUCUAUAGCUGGAACUCGAUGAUAUCUGCCUAUGUUCAUAAUGGCCAUUUCCAUGAAGCCAUAGGCUGUUUCUAUCAGCUGUUAUUGGUGUCCGAAAUUCGACCUGAUUUCUACACUUUUCCUCCAGUGUUGAAAGCUUGCGGAACUCUAGUUGAUGGGAGGAAGAUUCACUGCUGGGCUUUCAAACUGGGUUUCCAAUGGAAUGUAUUUGUGGCUGCUUCCUUGAUCCAUAUGUAUUCUCGGUUUGGUUUUACAGGUAUUGCCCGUAGCUUGUUUGAUGAUAUGCCGUUUCGAGAUAUGGGUUCUUGGAAUGCCAUGAUUUCUGGGCUCAUUCAAAAUGGAAAUGCUGCACAGGCAUUGGAUAUCUUAGAUGAAAUGAGAUUGGAGGGAAUAAAGAUGAAUUUUGUUACAGUUGUCAGCAUUCUUCCUGUCUGUCCACAAUUGGGGGACAUUUCAACUGCAAUGCUAAUCCAUUUGUAUGUCAUAAAACAUGGGUUAGAGUUUGACCUAUUUGUGUCCAAUGCCUUGAUUAAUAUGUAUGCUAAAUUUGGUAACUUGGAGGAUGCACGGAAAGCUUUUCAACAAAUGUUUAUAACAGAUGUGGUGUCGUGGAACUCAAUAAUUGCUGCCUAUGAGCAGAAUGAUGAUCCAGUCACUGCACAUGGGUUCUUUGUCAAAAUGCAACUUAAUGGAUUUCAGCCUGAUUUAUUAACACUAGUGAGUUUAGCUUCUAUUGUUGCUCAGUCUAGGGAUUGUAAAAAUAGCAGAUCUGUUCAUGGAUUCAUCAUGAGAAGGGGUUGGCUUAUGGAAGAUGUUGUCAUUGGAAAUGCAGUUGUGGACAUGUAUGCAAAAUUGGGUCUUCUAGAUUCUGCACAUAAAGUUUUUGAGAUAAUCCCAGUUAAAGAUGUGAUUUCAUGGAACACUUUGAUAACAGGUUAUGCUCAAAAUGGUCUUGCAAGUGAGGCAAUUGAAGUAUAUAAAAUGAUGGAAGAGUGCAAGGAGAUCAUACCUAAUCAAGGGACUUGGGUUAGCAUUCUGCCAGCUUAUGCGCAUGUUGGAGCCUUGCAACAAGGAAUGAGAAUUCAUGGGCGGGUGAUUAAGACCAAUCUCCACUUGGAUGUUUUUGUGGGUACCUGCCUCAUUGAUGUGUAUGGAAAAUGUGGAAGAUUGGUUGAUGCAAUGUCCUUGUUCUAUCAAGUGCCCCGAGAGAGUUCUGUCACUUGGAAUGCCAUAAUAUCCUGUCAUGGAAUUCAUGGACAUGCUGAGAAAACUCUAAACCUAUUUGGAGAAAUGCUAGAUGAGGGGGUUAAGCCUGAUCAUGUUACAUUUGUCUCGUUAUUGUCAGCUUGUAGCCAUUCGGGUUUUGUUGAGGAGGGUAAAUGGUGCUUUCGUCUGAUGCAGGAGUAUGGAAUUAAGCCUAGUUUGAAGCACUAUGGGUGCAUGGUAGACUUGCUUGGUCGAGCUGGUUAUCUAGAAAUGGCAUAUGAUUUUAUAAAGGACAUGCCUUUACAGCCUGAUGCUUCCAUCUGGGGUGCCCUUCUUGGCGCUUGUAGAAUACAUGGAAAUAUUGAGUUGGGUAAAUUUGCUUCAGAUCGCUUAUUUGAAGUUGAUUCAAAAAAUGUUGGAUAUUAUGUUCUGUUGUCAAAUAUUUAUGCUAAUGUUGGGAAAUGGGAGGGAGUUGAUAAAGUGAGAUCACUGGCUAGAGAGAGGGGAUUGAAGAAAACUCCCGGUUGGAGCACAAUUGAAGUGAACCGCAAGGUUGAUGUCUUUUAUACUGGGAACCAAUCCCAUCCGAAAUGCAAGGAGAUAUAUGAGGAGUUGCGAGUUUUGACUGCCAAAAUGAAGAGCCUUGGUUAUAUUCCAGACUAUAGCUUUGUGUUGCAGGAUGUCGAGGAAGACGAAAAAGAGCAUAUCCUCACUAGUCAUAGCGAGAGAUUAGCUAUUGCAUUUGGAAUCAUUAGCACCCCUCCUAAAAGUCCUAUCCGGAUCUUCAAGAACUUGAGGGUUUGUGGGGAUUGCCACAAUGCAACUAAAUUCAUCUCAAGGAUUACCCAGAGGGAGAUUGUGGUGAGGGAUUCUAAUCGCUUCCAUCACUUCAAGGAUGGAAUAUGUUCUUGUGGAGACUACUGGUGACAUGGAUCUUUAUAAACGAUUGAGAAGACUCCUAGUUCAGAUUGUUGUUGUCAUCACUUGUCAGCCAGCUUGUGGGGGUUUUGAAUAUCAGAAGCCUAGAGAAUUGAAUUCUAAUUCGUUUUCCUCUAUCCACAACACUGCAUUUGCAUGUGAGCAUAAGAACAUAUGCAUUUCUUCGAAUUCGGUUUUCCUUAUCUGAGUCAUCCUUGGCAGCUUCGCCUGAUGUUUAAGAAAGAAGAAUACUGCUCUAAUGUAAUAAUGAAAUUUUUGUGGAAUACAAGCUCUAGUCUAAUAAGGUCUUCUCAUCUAUCUUUGUGUUAUAUUCUUGGUUGGGUGAUGGUAGAGAAUGAGGCUUUGAAUUACAUGAGCUGGUCUCCCUGGAUAUGUCCUCUCAACUGCUUUCCACAAGCUGAGAUAUUGCUUCUUAUCCCUAAUCAUGGGUGUGUAGGUACAGGGAUUCAAGAAAUAGAGAUUAUAUAGCAUUGGUCAAGUAGUCAAUGCAUCUUGAUUAUGUAAGGACAUGACAUAGAUAUUGCCUAUGUGGAGCUAAAGUCGGAAAAGGAAAUUAAAAAUAAAUUUAGAGCAGUUUUCUGAA